AAUGGAUAGUCGCUCCAGAGAGAGAUGCGAGAGCUCCGGGUCAGAGAGACCUCUAGACCGGCUCGCGGAUUGUGCUGCGUGUGCGUGGACGCGGAAGACGAGGAAAAAGCAAAAGCCGCGGAAUAACAUCCGCAAUUCGAUUUGUUUCGUUUGGCUGAUCGAGGUCGUCGUCAAUAAAGCUCAAUGCAUCGAAUUCCGCCGGAUCAUGCAGUGGGUUAAGCUCGACUUGUUUCCGACGGCGCUACUGUUCUUCUGCCUGGCCACUUGUGCUUGCGUCGCCCAACAGCAAAACCGAAGCCAAUACGAGGGCAACUUUUACUUAAAUGAAUACACGACCGGCCAUCCGCCGAGGCCACCGACCCGGCCACCGACCCGACCACCGACUCGACCCUUCCUCACCACCACCAAUCGUACUCCGGCCACCAGACCCACAAGGUACGGGGGUGUCGCUGCUUCCACCUCGACUACAUCCAGACCAACAUCCUCAACUACAUCCAGACCAACAUCCUCGACGCAAAGAAUAUCAACACAGAGCCAAAAUGAGGUUCUGAGCUUUGCGAAUUGCGGUGUGCGAGCCAUGAGGCCCGCGGCUUUGAUCACGAGCGCGGAGCCAACGUUUGAUGGGGAAUUCCCGUGGCACGCCGCGAUUUUCACGCGCUUCGAAAGUUUCCAGCUGCCCAAAUACGCGUGCGGCGGGAGUCUCAUUUCGAAAAAGGCGGUUAUCACAGCCGGACACUGCGUGACGAGGAAAAGUGGCACAAAGAGGGCAGAGGACGACAUAACCGUUUAUCUCGGCAAGUACUACAAGAAUGAAGGAUGGAAUUUGGAUCGAGGCGUUCAAUCCUACACACCGCAUCGCAUCCUCCUUCAUCCAAAUUACAGCCAAGACAACGUGUCCAACGACAUGGCUAUCAUAAUCUUUGCUCGAGACGUUAUUCUCACAAAUAAAGUAUCGCCCGUGUGUCUCUGGAACACAGACGGGGAUCCUAAAAAACUUGUAGGAGCUUUUGGAACGGUUCCUGGUUGGGGAAUCAUGGAUGUGACAAAACCAACCGAAACAAAUAAUAUCCUUCAAAAAGCCACUUUUCCUGUGCAUUCAUAUGAAGCGUGUGUUCGAAGCAGGCCAGAAUUCUUUACCAUAAUCCUGGAAAAGAACAACACUUAUUGUGCUGGAUACACAAAUGGUACAAGUGCUUGUAAUGGAGACAGUGGAGGAGGAAUGGUCUUCGAGAGAAACGGUCGAUGGUACCUGAGAGGGAUAGUGAGCAUUGGGGUGCCUCUCGAGAGGGAUUGGACCCUGUGCAACCCAAAGUACUACACCGUCUACAGUGAUGUGGUGAUGUACCUUGAUUGGAUAGCGAAGAACGUUGAAGGUGUUAAUGUGAUCCAGCCAAGAAUUGGCACGGGAUAAAAGAAAUGCUCAAAUACUAGGAAGAAAAUUAUUUCAUUGCUGGAAUCAAUUGUAUCAGAGUUGUAAGACGGUCCAUCAGUACAAAAUAUUUUAAAAUUGAUGUAAUUUUCUCAAAAAUAAAUGGUUUGUAAAAAUAAA